GUGCUUUCCAGUGGGAGCAAUUAGAAGAGGAUAUAAGAGAGAAGUUGAAGGAUCCGGAAAAAACUGAACAUGUGCUGGAGAAAGUUCAAUGUAUCCUGAAAACUCCAGGGAAGCUGAGCACUGUGAAGGACUGCAGGUCUCACCAGGUGAAACAGCUGUACAGUACUCCUCUCAGGCUGUUCUUUAACACGCCUGUCCUAGCUGAUGUCAUCUUCAAAAUACAAGGUGCCACUGUACCAGCCCACAGAGCAGUUCUGGUAGCUCGCUGUGAGGUAAUGGCAGCUAUGUUUAAUGGUAAUUAUCUAGAAGCAAAUAGUGUUCUGGUUCCAGUCUAUGGGGUUUCCAAAGACACUUUCCUCUCCUUUCUAGAGUAUCUUUAUACCGACUCCUGCUGCCCAGCCAGCAUUCUCCAAGCCAUGUCCCUCCUGAUCUGCGCAGAGAUGUACCAGGUGUUGAGGCUGCAGCACAUCUGUGAGCUUUACAUCAUCACCCAGCUCCAGAGCAUGCCCAGCAGGGAGCUGGCAUCCACAAGCCUCAGCGUCGUUAGCUUGCUCAAAAAAGCUAAGUUCCACAAUUCUGAUUGCCUCUCCACUUGGCUUCUUCAUUUUAUUGCCACCAACUACCUCAUCUUCAGUCAAAAACCCGAGUUUCAGGAUCUUUCAGCGGAGGAGCGCAGUUUCGUGGAGAUGCACAGGUGGCCUUCCAGCUUGUACCUGAAGCAGCUGGCUGAGUACCGGAGCUACAUCCACUCCCAGAAGCGUCACUGCACAGUCAUGUGA